UGCUGGCUCAUUAUAAACACAGGUCCCUCUCUUUCCUCACUCUCACACUCGCUCGCAUAAGAAGUAUCGACAUAAACGAAGUAUUUCUUUUCUUUUCUUUUUUGUUGAAAAGAAAAAAGAAAUAAAAACAAACCAAACAGCGCCUCUCUCUCUCUUGACGAUCUCCCCGAUGCUUCACCUCUCUCUCAUUUUGGCUUAAAUUAUUAUUCUUUUUCUCUUCAUUUUUUGUGCCUCCCUUCUUUUUCUGCUCUCCUAUUGAGAUCCUAUUUUUCUCGCUCUCAGUUUCUGAUUCUUGGAGCUAAAUUUGGCCCUUUAAAGAUCUAAUUAGCAGCAGAUUUGGUUGUUGAACUUGGGCUUGAUUAUAAUGGCUUCAAUUUCACAUUGCCCAGUUUCAUUUACUGCAACUGGUGCUUCUGCUUCGGAUCUUCUUCGCAGCUCGAGUAAUGGAGUUAGUGGAAUCCCAUUGAGAAGAUUAGACCGAGCGCGAUUCAGCUCCAAAAAAACAGGCGAUUUUGGAGUAGUUGCCAAGAUUAGGAAAGGGAAGAAACAAGAGUAUCCAUGGCCUGAUAAUCCGGAUCCAAAUGUACCUGGAGGAAUACUUUCUCAUCUUUCUCCUUUCAAGCCUUUGAAAGAGAAGCCCAAACCUGUUACUUUGGAUUUUGAGAAACCGCUUGUUGAUUUAGAGAAGAAGAUUAUUGAUGUGAGGAAGAUGGCACAAGAAACUGGCUUAGACUUUAGUGACCAGAUUAUCUCACUAGAGAGUAAAUAUCAACAGGCUCUAAAGGAUUUGUAUACACAUUUGACCCCUAUACAACGUGUAAAUAUAGCACGGCACCCUAACAGGCCCACUUUCCUUGAUCAUGUAUUUAGCAUUACUGAUAAGUUUGUGGAGCUUCAUGGAGAUCGAGCAGGUUAUGAUGAUCCUGCUAUUGUUACUGGUAUAGGAACCAUUGAUGGUAAAAGAUACAUGUUUAUGGGUCACCAAAAGGGUAGAAACACAAAAGAGAAUAUCAUGCGUAAUUUUGGAAUGCCUACUCCUCACGGUUACCGCAAGGCUCUACGCAUGAUGUAUUAUGCAGAUCAUCAUGGGUUUCCUAUAGUUACUUUUAUUGAUACACCCGGGGCAUAUGCGGAUCUUAAAUCUGAAGAACUAGGCCAGGGUGAAGCUAUUGCCCACAAUUUGAGGACAAUGUUUGGUUUAAAGGUACCAAUUGUUUCUAUUGUUAUUGGGGAAGGUGGAUCUGGUGGUGCUCUGGCCAUUGGCUGUGCAAACAAAUUGUUAAUGCUUGAAAAUGCAGUUUUCUAUGUUGCCAGUCCUGAAGCUUGUGCAGCAAUUUUAUGGAAGAGUGCCAAAGCUUCUCCAAAGGCAGCCGAAAAGUUGAAAAUCACUGCUGGGGAGUUGUGCAGAUUGCAAAUUGCAGAUGGUGUCAUCCCUGAGCCACUUGGUGGUGCUCAUGCAGACCCAUCAUGGACCUCUCAACAGAUAAAGAAGGCCAUUAAUGACUCUAUGGAUGAGCUCACACAGAUGGACACGCAAGAACUUCUAAAACACCGUAUGCUUAAGUUCCGAAAAAUAGGUGGCUUUCAAGAGGGAGUCCCAAUUGAUCCUAAGAGAAAAAUCAACAUGAAAAAGAAAGAACUGGUUGCAGGAAAGACUCCAGUGGUAGAAUUGGAGGGUGAGGUUGAAAAACUGAAACAGCAAAUUUCAAAAGCCAAGCAGUCAUCAAGCAAGCCCCCGGAGCUGGCAUUAAAUGAGAUGAUUGAAAAACUGAAAAAGGAGGUUGAUCUUGAAUUUUCUGAAGCCGUGAAAGCCUUGGGCUUUCAGGACAGGUUUGCAAACUUGCGCGAAGAGUUUUUGAAAGCAAAUUCGCAGGACCAACUUAUGCAUCCAAUUCUAAUGGACAAGAUUGAAAAGCUUAAGGAUGAGUUUACUAAGAGUCUGUCGGCAGCUCCUAACUACGCCAGUCUGAAGUAUAAACUUGAUAUGUUGAAGGAGUUUUCUAAAGCCAAGAGCCUCUCAGAAAAGAACAGUAAAGCUCUGGCAUUGAAGCGUGAAAUCAACGACAAACUUAAAGAAGUCUUGGAUCGGCCUGAUAUAAAAGAGAAGAUGGAAGCAUUAAAGGCUCAAAUUCAUAUGUCGGAAGCCUACAAUGAAGGUGAAUUAGAUGAAGAGACAAAAGAGAGCAUUGUGAAGAUGAGGAAAGAGAUGGAGCUAGAACUGGCUAAUAUAUUUAAGUCCAUGGAUCUGGAUGUUGCAGUUGUUAGGACAAAAGCAAAAGAAUUAAGUGAGCAGACUACAUUCCCAGAGUUCAAGGCUAAGGUGGAAAGUUUGAAGGAGCAAACUAAUAAGAAAAUUGAAGAUUUAAUCAAUUCAUCAGAUAUUAAAAAUAUGAUUAAUUUGCUGAAAUUGGAGGUUGCAAAGGCAGGAAGUAAACCUGAUGUGACAACAAAAAAUAAAAUAGUGGCUUUAGAACAACAAAUAAAGCAGAAGCUCUCAGCUGCUAUUAACUCAACAGAAUUAAAGCAGAAAUUUGAAGAGCUGGAUCUGGAGGUUUCUGAAGCUAUAGAUGGAAGUCUGAAAAAUAAUGAUCCAAUGGACAGGGGUGCCAAACAUGAUGAGUCAAGAGUAGAGAUUAAUUUCGGUGCAAACCGCAGCUUUGCUUAGACAUGUCUUCUGUAGGUAUGCUCCUAAUGAAGAUGCUGUAGAAACAGAUGGCGGUCUAUAAUUAAAGCAGUCAGAAUUGCUUCGACUCUUGGAGUCAGAAUAUACUGCAAAUGCUUUCACACUGCUGCCAAGAACGUGCUGCCGUUGCCACCCGCCAGAGUGGAAAGGUUUUUGCUUCUACAGGAACAUGAGAAUCGCAUAGCAUAACAUCUCUUUUUUUCUUUUUUCAAGUUAGUUGGGAUCAUUUGCAUUUUGAAUUAAGUUUUGAUAAUUUAUCAAUUUCCACCUCGUUAAAGUUUUGUGGUAGAAUGUGCUUCUUUUGCUAUUUAUAGACAGAACAAUUUGUGUAAAUUAUGGUUGUGCCAAGGGAGCUAAUAACAUUACUUUCAGACGUCAGGAAUAAUACUCAAUCUUCUGGCUGUGAA